AUGGGUUCAGAGAAGCGAGCGAAGGGCGAGGACAAAGAGGGCGAAAUUCCGGUGCUGACGGUGCUCAAGAACAACACAAUCCUCAAGAACAUCUUCAUCGUUAACAAGCCCCCGGAGAGGCCGUCACGUGCCGACCACGUCGAUGUUCUUCUCGUGGGGCGGCAUCCCGACUGCGACAUCAUGCUCACGCAUCCUAGCAUCAGCCGCUUCCACCUCCAGAUCCGCUCCAAGCCUUCCUCUCGUACCUUCUCCAUUGUCGAUUUGUCUUCCGUGCAUGGGACGUGGUUGUCGGGAAAGAGGAUCGAGCCGAUGGUCAGCGAGGAGAUGAGGGAGGGGGACGCGCUCAGGCUCGGUGUUUCCAGUAGGGUUUAUCGUCUGCAUUGGAUUCCGAUUAGUCGCGCCUAUGAUUUGGAGAAUCCAUUCGUCGCGCAAUUGGAUGCGGUUGCCGAAGAGGAUGAAGAAGAAGAGAAAAUUCAGAAGUUGAAUGUCUGUCCUGCUGAAAUGGAAGUGGAUUCAAUUGUUGAGGAUAUAGGUUCUUUAUUCUUUGAUGAGAAUGUGAAACUAACUGUGAAAGAGGAGGUUCCUUUCACACCUUGGAUGCUGGAAGAAAAGAACAGCCAAUCAAAAGAGGAAGCAAUUGGAAACCCAAGUGACUUGGGAGUAUCUGAUGGUAAAAAUAUUUUGAGCGACUUUGUAAGUCAGGUUCUAUCACGUCCUUACGUGGAAUCACUUGUCCAACAUUAUGACAUACUGACAGAAAAUUUGUCUCACACUUUACGUUUGCUAGCUGUGGAAGCUGUUUUGGAUCCCAAAAUGCUGCAAUUAUAUACUCUAUCUGAUACAUUUACUUCACCAUUAGAACCUGGUCAUGAAAAUUCAUUUGAAAAAAAACGUUAUUCCAGCUCGCCUUUCAAUACAGCUCAUUCAUCUCUUGAUACGAAAAUUGCAGCUGAAGAUGUAAUAACUCCUAAAAAAGCUGGAUGUGAAUAUCAAUGUAAAAACAGAGAUGAUGUAGAUGCUUUUACAGUUCCUGCAUCUCCUGACAAGAAAUGUUCAGCUGAUGUACCAAUGCCUAAAGAAUCUAAAUCUGAGUGGACCCUCAGAGAUGAUGGAAGCAUAACGGAUGUUUUUACUGCCGGAGCUGGAAAUUUGGAUUCAGAGGGUAUGCUUCUACCAGUCAAGGAAGCUGUGCUUGAAACCAAUGUUGAGCAAAUCAAAAUUGUUGAGACUGUUGAUAUGGAUUCUCCAUCUGAUGAAGAAAAGCGAGAUAUGUAUGUAUCACAGUCAUUCAAUGAAAUAGUUCAAGAUGUUAGAAACAAGUACACAGGUAGCAUCUCUCCCACACCCCAUCAGAUAGAGUCAGUCAAUUUAUCAAUGACAGAAGAAUUAGUUUUCAAUAUUAUGAAUGAGGACCAGACCCUCCAGUCUGAUAUGGAAAUCCUUGAAAGUCAUGUAAAAGCAAUGAACAAAACUUCAGCAAAUUAUAAUAUUUGGUCAAGAAGAGGUAAAGCUACUAGUGCUCCUCAGGUUCGAACUAGCAAGAGCACAGUUAAGAAUGCAGUCAAUGGUGACGCUGAAGUUGCGAUGAGCAAUGAGAAGGAUGUCAGAAAUAGAAGAAUCUCAAAGAAUCUUUUCUCUCUUCUGGAUGGAGAAGUAGAAGAAGAAAUCUUCACACCAGAUAAAGAAAACUUCAGUCCAAAUAUCCUCCAGUUGCUAUCAUUGAAGAAGGGUAAAGUACAAGAAAUUAAACAUUCCAGGUCACAGAGGUCACAACCCCUUUCAAAGGAUACAUCUAAUAGUGAGAAUAAUCCAGAUCAAAGCAUAGGCCCCCGUUUAUGCAAAAUGAACCAGAAGGAUAUCAUAAACAAAACAAUUUCAAAGGAUCUUUUCUCUGUUUUGGAUGGGAAAAAAGAGGAGGAAAAAGAGGAUGAAUUCUUCACUCCGGAUAAGGAAAACUUCAGUCCUAAUACCCUUCAAUUGCAGCUUCUGAAAAAGAAGGGCAAGGUAGAAGAAAUUAAACGUUCCAAGUUAAAAAGGUCACCCCUUUCAAAGGAUAUAUUUAAUCCUGAGAUCUAUCCAAAUGAAAGCACAGGCUUGUGCAGAAUGCACCAGACGGAUAUCAUAAAUACUACUAUCUCUGAGGAUCUUUUCUCUGAUUUGGCUGGGAAAGAGGAAGAAGAAAUUUUCACUCCUAAUAAGGCAAACUUCAGUCCAAAUACCCUUAGAUUGAGGCUCCUGAAAAAUAAAGGUACGGUGGAAGAAAAGACUCAAAUGUCACCCCUAUCAAAGGGUACAUUUAACACUGAUAUGUAUGGGAAAGAAAGCAUAGACCCCACUUACGGUAAUUUGAGCCAGAAGGACACGGUAAAUAGCACAAUCUCAAAGGAUUUUUUCUCUGAUUUCGUUGGGAAAGAAGAGGUAGAAGACAUCCUCACUCUGGAUAAUGAAAAUUUCAGUCCAAAUGUCCUUCAAAUGCGACUUCUGAAAAAGAAGAGUGAGGUAGCAGAAAUUAAACAUUCCAAGUCUCCAUGGGAUGAGAAUCAAAACUUGCAAAGAAAGCCUUUUUGCAGCCAUAUCCACUUGGCACAGGACCAACAUCCUGUGACAUCUGAGGACAGAGAGGAAAGGGUACCCUUCCAAUUACUAAAUAGGUCAGGAGGCAAGGGAAGAUCAAACACUUGUUACCCUGUUUCUGCUAUCAAAAGCUUUCAUUUCAGUAAUUGUGGACAAAGUUUAGACCAGCAUAUUAACCACCCAUCUGAUAUUAGUGGGGUGCCAAAGAAGACAGGCUGGGACAUGAUUGUGGAUACUAGUUCUCUUGUUAACAAGGAAUCAAGGAAAGCUCUGCAGCUUUUACAAGGUCUCAAGGGAACUCGAUUAAUCAUUCCAAGAUUGGUCAUAAGAGAACUGAACAGUAUGAUGCGACAGUUCAAAAUCUUCAGAAGAACUUCAGAGGCUUCUUUGGCAUUGGAAUGGAUUGAAGAAUGUACGGUGAAGACAAGCUGGUGGAUUAAUAUCCAGAGCUCGGUAGAUGAAGGAAGGCUAAUUGCUCCAACCCCACCUGCUUCUCCUCAGACUCAGUUUAGUGAAGAGAGUUGGAUUUCUCUUUCAUACCUUAAGUGCAUGGAAAUUGCUUCACCAACUGUAGAAGAUCACAUCCUUAACUUUGCUCUUCUGUAUAGGAAAAACCAAAGUGAUGGACAACUUGUCCUACUUAGUGAAGAUAUCAGUUUGAAAAUCAAAUGCAUGGCAGAGGGUUUGCUAUGUGAGCCAGUGCAAGAGUUUCGUCAGAGUCUAGUGAACCCAUUCUCUGAGAGGUUCCUGUGGACCAAUAGCUCUCCUCGGGGACAGACUUGGUCUUGCCAGGACGACCUAGUUUUAAGGGAGAAAUAUUGUUGUGCGCCUUUGUGCAAACCGUCGAAGAGAUCUGCCAGCGGUUUAAAGCUCAUUCUGCUUCACAAUUCUCAGUAUGGACUCUGA